GUUGCUUGUCAAAUGUUGCGAGAGUGUGGAAUAUUCAGGUGACAGAACAUGGAGCACAACGAUGCAGACCAGCCACUUUUGGCAGACGACAGUCAUACCCACAGCGAUGCUCAAUAUGAGUCUUCGGGCGUGUCUGCCGAAGGACUAGGUGGCCUGUUUAUAUGGGCUCUUACCUUUGCUGCAGGAAUAAGUGGUCUGCUUUUCGGUUAUGACACUGGUGUCAUUUCUGCCACUCUUGUCUCUAUCAAGACAGACCUUUCAGGAAAACUUCUGACGACCAUGGACAAGAGUAUCAUUACUUCGUGCACUAGUCUAUUCGCCCUUUUUGCUAGUCCCUUGGCUGGUGUUUAUGCCGAUAGCAUUGGGCGGAAGAAAGUUCUGCUGGUGGCAGAUGUUCUUUUCACGAUUGGUGCACUAUGUCAAGCAUUUACUUCUACUGUUCUUGGCAUGGUUCUUGGACGUAGUCUUGUUGGACUGGCGGUGGGUUCUGCUAGCAUGGUUUCAUCGUUAUAUAUAUCUGAACUUGCGCCAUCGCAUUUGCGGGGAAGACUAGUUACGAUACUAUGUCUCUUCAUCACUGCAGGUCAAGUCGUUGCGUACAUAAUCGGUUGGCUGUUCUCAUCAACCCCUGGAGACUGGCGCUGGAUUGUCGGCCUAGGCGCGAUUCCCGCGAUUUUGCAGCUUAUGACUCUCCUUUUCCUACCGGAAUCACCUCGAUGGCUCGUACAGGCCGGCUACAUUGCUGAAGCGAAGGCGGUCCUGAUCAAGGUUUUUGGUUCAGACUCGCAGGCUGGAUACAAGGCCAGUGCCGUGUUGCGAGCUAUCGAAGAAGACGUCGCUGCUGAAGCAGCCCAACUCAGUCAUAACAAAUCCGACAGUAACUUUCAGCGAGCUUUGCGGACUAUGGCCGAACUUUGCAGCAUUGACGGCAACAGACGCGCGCUCAUCAUUGCUAUGAUGCUGCAGGGUCUUCAGCAGCUGUGUGGUUUCAACAGCUUGAUGUACUUCUCUGCCACGAUUUUUGAGUCUCUCUCGUUCUCUUCUCCAACACUUACAUCCUUGACAGUCGCCGGGACCAACUUUUUGUUUACGUUACUAGCGUUCUCGCUCAUUGACUGUGUAGGUCGUCGACGUAUUCUUUUGUACUCUAUUCCUUUUAUGAUUACUGCGUUGCUUGGAUGUGCCUUGGCCUUCUCACACCUGAGAUGGGUACAUUCAGUGUCCUCACCCAAAGAUGGUCAAUCUCAGCCAUCGUCAAGUGCAUCUUCCAUGUCUGUUGCCAUUCUGAUUUGUCUUACUGUAUACACAGCAGCGUAUGCGUCAGGUAUUGGGAAUGUUCCUUGGCAACAAUCGGAAUUGUUUCCCCUUUCUGUUCGCUCUCUUGGAUCAGCUUUAGCUACGGCUACGAAUUGGGGGUCCAACUUCAUCGUGGGUCUGACUUUCUUGCCUAUGAUGGAGACAUUGACUCCAAGAUGGACAUUUGUCAUUUACGCGUUAGUGUGUGCUCUUGGUUGGAUUAGUGUAUGGUUCAUUUAUCCUGAAAUGAGUGGUAUGAGUCUUGAGGAAGUCAAGGACCUGUUAAGUGAUGGUUGGGGUGUCAGGGAUAGUGUCAGAAGACACGAGUCCCGAGAUACAUGACUUUGUUGCUGUGGUCGUUGUAUAUGGCUUCGAACUUCACUGAAACACAAGCUUCCGAGUCUUCUGAACAUUGAACUUUAGAGUGGCUGUGAUUAAUGCUGCCUUCUAGUUGAUAAUAUCUUUAGAAGCUCUCUGGUCAAUUA